AAUGCCAGUUGCCAUGGAGAAGAUCAAGGAACAGUUUUCUAGGCUUCAAAUAGCAAAACGGUGUUCACUAACAGAAGACCCAUCUUACUUAUUGGACAUAGAUAUUUCAAGAGGAGAAGGGAGCCAUUUAGUGGCUGUUUCCUGCUCCAAUAAAUCAAUCAGAGUUUACAACAGGGAGACACUGUCCUUGCUACAAGAAUAUAAUAGCCAUCCUGCAUUGCUAAGUGGUGUCAGAUUUGCACAUACAAAUGAAAAUAUAUUAUUUUCAGCUUGCAGUGAUGGAUCAUUGAAGUGUUGGGAUACUCGUUCAUCUGUUGUGAAGCCUGUACUGCUGUUUUGUGGCUAUCCUUCAAAUGUUUUCAUUAGCUGUGAUAUAAGCUGCAAUGACCUCAUAGUAUGUGCUGGGACAGAAAAAGUGGAAGAAGAUGCAUUCAUAACAUUCUGGGAUGCAAGAGGCUGCACAAAUAGUGUCCCUUCCAGCAAACAGCCGCUAGGUGUCUAUUCAGAGUCUCACAACGAUGAUGUUACUAAAGUAUGUUUUCAUCCCAACAAACCACAUUUGCUUGCUUCAGGCUCAACUGAUGGAUUGGUAAAUGUGUUUGAUAUUAACAAAGACAAUGAAGAAAAUGCUCUGAUUUCUACUUGUAACUCUGAUUCUUCUGUAAGUUUUAUUGGAUGGGCUGGAAAAGAUUAUUGGCAGAUUUACUGCAUGACACAUGAUGAAGGAUUUUGUUAUUGGGAUCUUACUCAGCUGGAUUCUGAAAAGUCAACUACAUUAUUGCAUAUUCCAGAUGUCAGAGAAGUAGAAAAUAUCAAACUGGAUUACUUAAUUGGUGGUGUUUAUCAUGAAAAAGUGGACAAAUUGUUUGUGGUUGGAGGGAUGUCAACAGGAAGCAUUUGUCUCAUAGAGUGUUGUGCUCAUGAGCUGAAUUCUAUGGGAAUACUUCAAGGUGGACACUCUGCUACCGUUCGUUCCUUCUGCUGGGAUAUGGUUGAUGAUUCUCUAUUUACGGGAGGAGAGGAUGCAGAGUUGUUGCUAUGGAAACCAGGAGCCAUGGAAAACGCUUUGAAUAAGAAGAUUUCUAUGAAAGUGGCAUCCUCUGUCUAUCAGCGAACAAAAGCUCAUCAACAUUCUUUGAAAAACAAGAAAAAAGUAAAGAAAUGAAGAGGGAGUUCCAUUUUUAAUACUUCUAAGAGAUGGCUGUGUGUGUGUCUGGUGUUGCAGCAGAAACAAAAAAAAAUGAAUUCUUUUAGGCAAUUGAAUGUGAUAACUGUUGCGUAGACUAGAAUCUACUUCAUUGUACACAAAAAUUUAUGCUGAAAUAAAUUUCUUUCUAUGGUGUAACAAUAAUAUUCCUGCUUGUAUGAAUUGAAUUUUCAAAAAGUUGUAGUAGUUUUAAAAGGAUGAGUUUUCAAAACUUGGACACAGUUUAUGCUUUCACCCUGAACAUGAUCUUCCAGUAUAAGAAAUGUAUACAAAAAUCUUUUACUUUAUUAUUUAUUAUUCAUAUAUGGCGUAGGGUCUGGCUACCUAUGAAACUGGCUUCAACUCAUCACAUCAUUCCCACUCAUUCAGGCAGGGAAGGCAUGCCACAGACCCCGUCAGUCAAGGAAGAGGGCCUGGUUUUGCUGCUUCCCCGCUUUGUGGAACAUCUUGCCCUCAAUUUCUUGCCCUUUCACAAAGGGUCAAAAUCUGGCUGUGUAGUCUUGUGAGGGACACAGGCCCACAGAGCCAUGGGGUUGGUCGGCCCUAUGAGAACCCCCCUGCCUAUAUUAACAACUAUUAGUCUCCCCAUCUUGGACUCUCCAUCUUUUGUAAUUUUAUAAUAUUUUACAUUGUUAAAUAUUUUAAUCUUAAAUUUUAUGGUUUUUAAUGUUUUAUUAUACUGAUUAAAUUGUACACUGCCCAGAGCCCCUCUGUGGGGGACAUGGUUGGUUAAGAAGUUUGAUGUGUAAA